AUGCGCAGCUUUACCAAGUCGCGAACCCUAGACAUUGAUGAUACUCAACCGCCAAAUCGACUAUCUAUUAGUCGAGAGAUGGGUUCAAACAAGCUCGCGAUGAGGAUUUUUGCCCUUCUCCACUUUCAAAGAAAUGAGCUAGAGAUUCAACAUAUUGCUAGUACGAGGUGUCUCCUUGCAGACAUGACGGCGCUCUGGGCGAAGAUUAGUAAGAAAGACUUGCAACUUGAACGCAUGUGGGUCUAUUUCAUCAACAUGCUUAAAGAUGAGUAUACGAUGCGCUGGAACCGCGCACUUGCUCUGCGAGAAGAAUUUGAAUCUCUUCUCGAGAAAGCCACGGACCUCACCACCCCCGAAACGGUAGUCUUUGACGGCAGUCUUCAGAACGCAUAUUUGGAAGUUGAGAAAUCCUUCGAACUUGCUCAACCGGGUGUAACGAGACGACGGCAUAGCUGUUUGCGGGAUAUUAGGGACAAGAUUUCAACCUCUGUAGGAUCACGCCAGAAGGGACCCUCACAAAGCUAUAACUUGUUGGACACAAUUAAUCUGGCAUAUCGACAUAAUCUUUCAAAUUUGUAUUGUGUUAGACGCCUGUUUGUAGAAGAGGCGCGCAGUUCGAUUCCUAGUCUGAUCGAGGCACAACACGAUAUUUUCGUACUCCUUCAAGCAUCUACCCAACGCUUUAUCUGUUCUCAAGUCGAGCAGGCUGCGACUGCCUCCGUUCGCUGUUCUCGUUUCGAAACUUUGCUCCACGAACGCGUGUCUCCACUACGACUUUCCGCUAAUCUCAAUCACUCGUUCCAACUGGAAAUCGCGGAGACGCUAUAUUGCCCUCGACCCUACAUCGACCCAUCAAGCGGCGAGAGGAGAGAGAUGCUUUUCGGAAACAGCUUGGCGAACGAGAAUGAUUUAGAUCUCACUAUUCUUCACACGAUAGUGAAGGCUUCACGAGAGGGAGCUUCGUUUGCACAAAAAGAUACGAACCCAAAUAUCAAGGACCCUGUGCGUUUCCUCGAGUCCAAUUGGCUGACCAAUGCCAACGAUAAUGCUGCCUUGGUUCGACAAUUGUCAUACAAGACGCGUGACGCUCUCCUCGAGACGUACUUGAGGGGUCUACCCGAGCCACUUUUGCCUAUCACGGAACAGGACUUUGCAGCCUUUGGGCUCAGGCAUAGACGAUUAAAGACCAUUCUCUCCACGGUCGCUCGUAGCAACCUCUAUCUCCUUCGAGACCUGUGUGAAUACGUAGAGAGGCUUUCAGGUCACAACACAGGAGCUCGACGAAGAUAUGGAUUGCUCGUGCUGAGGCUCGGUAAUGGUGAAUUUAGAUGCGACAAUACUAUCGAGAUAAUGGUCGAAGAUCUUAUGGCUACGCCUCUUUUGGACGAUGCGAGAGACCAAAAUCGAGCAAGAGAUCACGAAGGCGAUGAAGGAGAGGGCGAGAGCGCCGUUAACAAGUGGCGCUUCGUUCCUUCGUGGGUCAAGCGAGACUUUGGCUAUGGAGUAUUGCUAGGUAUCCCAGUCAUCCUCUUCAUUCCUUCACUGGUCUUUUUUAUCAUGACCUUGAACCUACGAGCCAACCUACCGCCAUCUUCCUCAUUGGAGACCAUUACAAAUCUCACGCAUCAAGUCUCGAGACUCUCACGGUCGCUUUCUACAUGCACUGACAAUACAACACGGCUUGCUACGGAACUCCAGGACGAGAGAUCGAGGGUUGAUAUCUGUCGGGAAAGCGAAAAGCGGUUGGCGGAGCGCGUUGACCUUGUGGAAGGGAUGCUGGAUACGUGUCAGAAAGAUGCAUUGACGCUGAAGGGCAAGCUGAAUGAUGUUACCCAUGACCUGGGAACAUGCGUGGAUGAAAAGGAGGAACUCAAACGCCAAAUGGAGAGUGGAGUCUACGUGCAGUUCCUCGACAUGGUCAAGAAGAUGGGGACCGGAGGCGAUUCGUGGGUGUGCUCAGAUACGACAGAGCUAUGGUCGUACGGCUAUACACAUCAAGAGUCUCCGCAUCCGACGAUCAACAUACAGACCUGGACGUCAGAGCUGACAGACGCCCAACAUUCUACUUCACCCCUUGUCUUCCCGCCAGUAACAAAUAUACAACGCAGCGUCCCGAAUCGUCGGAUAUACACGGUUUCCUCGGGAAACCUCUCCGGUAAUAACGGCUGGUGGCGUAUCACCAAAUUACCAUCGUUCGCCGUGAAAGGUGGGACUAUCGAAUUCUUUGCGCAAGCUGCAAAAUGGUAUGGAAGCGCGGCCAAGUACCAAGUCACCGUCUUCUGGGUCGGAAGUCAAUAG